UCCGCAACCAGUAGAACUUCAUUUUUUUUGUCUCAUUUUCGGAAAAAAAAGUGACGGUCGUGUCUCUUUCCAACAAUUGAACCUUCUGAAAGUUAGUUUUUACGAUGAGAUGUCGAGUUGUUUUUCUUUCUACGAUCUGAAGUUGUUUCAAGAACAUCCGUUGAUAUUUUUUGACCCGAACAAUAAACUACGCUUCAAAAAUUAUGUCCACGCGUCUGGUAUAUUCCCCGCGGACAAGUAAAGAAGCCAUGGUGUUGGUGGAUCACUCCACUACGGUGAUCCCCGAGGAUGACCUCCCGGAGCCGAUGGACCAACGGAGGCAGGCCCUGCAGAACUACAUUGUCUCCGAAAAGAAGGGGAAGCGGGUGAUUUCCCGGAUUCUGAUCGCGUCGAAUGGUUUAGCUGCGGUGAAGGCGAUUCGGUCCAUGCGAAGAUGGGAAGUGCUGGAGGUGCUGAAGACGCGUGCCAACCUGGAUCGGUGCUUGAGUUUUGUCGCGAUGGCCACGCCGGAAGAUAUUGCGGCGAACGCCCAGUUAUGAUUCGCAAAAGUGCAUCGUAAUUGUAGUAAUUGUACUUAUAUUAAUGCAUGACAAAUGUCAUUAGUAAACGUACAUCAGCAUAAUUAUUUUCCUCCUGCUGAAAUUUGUGAUGCAAUUUACACUACUAGUACUAGCGCGAUGCAUUUGCAAUGCAUAGCAGUUUUUGCAAAUGGUGGACUCGUUUGUGGAGGUGCCGGGAGGUACUAUUUUUCAUGUAUGGCGGUUGCGAUUUCAUAUCAUCGGAAAGUUCGGAGAUGGUCCGGUGGUUUGGCAUGCAUGACAGACCUGUUUUCUGAUGCAGAUUAUAGCAUGAAAAAUAACUACAUCAAAGCUGCAAUCUUACAAUUACAAACUGUAUCAGGUAAGAACCUGAACAAUUACGCCAACGUCGACCUGAUUUGCAAAGUGGCCGUCCAAGAGAAAUGCGACGCAGUCUGGCCUGGCUGGGGCCACGCCAGCGAAAAGCCGGAGCUCCCAGAGGCGCUGGAGAAAUUAGGAAUCGUGUUUCUCGGGCCGCAACCGAGGGUGAUGCGGCUUCUGGGGGACAAAAUCUACGCGAACAUCAUGGCACAGACCGCGGAAGUUCCCUGCAUCCCCUGGUCCGGUGACGGCUUGAAGUCGAAACAGUUGAAAACCUUCGACGACUUGGACGAACUGUUCGAAAAAGCCUGUUGCCAGACGGUGGAAGAAGCGGUCGAGCAGGCGAACCGCAUCGGCUACCCGGUGAUGCUGAAAGCGUCGGAGGGCGGGGGCGGGAAGGGAAUCCGGAAAUGCGAGAACAGCCAAGAUGUGAAGAACAACUACGCGCUGUGCCAGAUGGAGGUGUAUGAAUCGCAAAAGUAUCGUACUCGUAUAAAUGCAUUACAAAUUUCCUCAGCAUGAGAAAUAAAAUUUGUAAUGCGGGUCUACCUUGAGGAAAAAAAAUGUAAUGUUGUAAGACUUGCAUUUAUACAUACGAAUGCGAUACUUUUGCAUAGGAUAAGGUGGUGAAUUCCCCGAUUUUCAUUAUGAAGUACAGCUCCGGCGCGUGCCACUUGGAGGUGCAACUAUUGGGCGACGAGCACGGGAACGUGUGUGCCUUGUCGGGGAGGGAUUGCUCCACGCUAUGACCACAGUGCACAACUUUUCCUCCUUCUCAUUUGUAUAGCAUGAACGGCAAUACAAGCGUGGGCAAGAAUGCAGGUUUUGCAUGACAAGUUUACACUGGAGUGUCGUGCUAUUUGGGCUACUAGAACUUGUCAUGCAAACAUUGCCAAGAGGCACAGCCUGGAUUCGGGGUUUUGCAUGGCAACUGAGUGGAGAGGAGUAGUUGUGCACUGUAAUACACGCAGCGCAGGUUUCAGAAGAUCUUUGAGGAGGGUCCACCGACGGUCGCGGACCCGGACGUGUUUCACGAGAUGCAGCUGGCGGCCUGCUAUGCAUUGCAAAUGUAUCGUGCUACGUAUGAAUUGCAUUACAAAUUUAUUUGGCAAGAAGAAAAGUGGAGUUUGUCAUGCUGUUUUACCUUAGGAGUAUAGAUUUGCCAUGCAUAUUUGCAAUUAGUACGAGUGCGAUAUUUCUUCACACCAUACCUGCCGGUUGGCGAGGCAAGUUGGGUACCGAGGCGCCGGCACGGUGGAAUACCUGUACGACCCGAAGCGCAAAGAAGCUUACUUUCUGGAACUGAACCCGCGGCUGCAAGUGGAGCACCCAGUGACAGAGUGCAUCACGGGGGUAAACAUACCGGCCGCGCAGCUCCAGAUCGGGAUGGGGGUGGCGUUGCACGAUAUUCCAGACUAUCAAAAGCAAAUAUGCCUGGAUGUCUGGAAACUUGUGAUGCAAGUCUCUAAAUAUUGAGCGUACUGCAAUAGGUAACCAAGCAUGACAAGUUUUUGAGCUCCUGCGUGUUGCGUAUUCCGCAUGGCAGGCUCCAUUUUUGCAUGACAGGCGAGAGGAUCAUCUUUUCGCUCCUAAGCAUCACAGAGUUAACAGUCAUGCCAGACAAGCAUGACAAACCCUGCACUCAUCUUCCAGACCCAGACAAAUUUGCAAUGCAUACGGACAUCAGGAGGUACUUUCUUCGCGGAAUCGAGGAACAAAACAAAGACGGUGGACAAGGCGAAACAACAAGCAACUACAUCAAGGAGCUGGACUUCACGAGGAAAGUCCCCAUGUAUUCUCACUGCAUCGCCGCGCGCAUCACGGCGGAAAACCCGGAGGACGGGUUUCUCCCCUGCAGCGGAAACAUCCGGAAGAUCGACUAUGCACUGCAAAAGUAUCGUAGUCGUAGUUGUACUAGCUGCAGACAUGCAUGACAGAUCUCUUUUUCGAGCUAAAUCAGCAUGACAAAUUCCAUUCCUCAUUCUGCGCUAAUUUGUAUUGCAGUAUACUGCUACGCACGAUACUUUUCCACUGCAUAUCGACUUCGCGCCAACGCACGAGUCCGUCUGGGGAUACUUCUCCGUCGCCACGCCCGGUGCGGUCCACGAGUUCGCAGACAGCCAAUUCGGCCACAUUUUCAGCAUCGGGCAAACGCGGGAGCAGGCGCGGAAGGCGUUGAUCAUCUCCCUCGGGCAUUUGCACGUGGAAGGGGACAUCCGGAACACGGUGGACGUUUUGCCGAAGCUGUUGAGGCUAAACAGGUUUGUUGACAACCAGGUGGACACCGCGUGGCUGGACGGACUGAUUCAAAACAAGGAAAUCGCGAGGUUGGUCCAGACCAUCCCGGGAAUGCUGACCGCAACGUCCUCUCUCAACGAGGACUUUUACGGAAAGGAUAGCUGCGCCUACUCCGACGACGGCCGGGUGUCUUCCGUCGCGUGGGGCGACUCGGUGGAUACUCAAUCGGUUAAUAACCUCCAGCAGCCGGGGGCCAGUCCGAGGGCUUCCGGAGGUACGAAUUUGCAACAAGCGAGCAACAGCAGACUGGUGCAGUACGCGAAAACGAAGUCCAGACAGAACCAGUUGGUGAACGCCGCGGGGCAGAAUAUUGCAAGGGCAAAUCCCCCCUCCCCAUAUUGAAAACGUAUCUUCUGAAAAUUUGUGAUGCAGAUUUGUGACCACACAUCCUGUCUGUCUUGCUAGAAGGCAAAGCCAGGCUCUCUGCCACACUAUGCGGGCGAUUUGUAAUGCUUUGAGGCCUACACGGCAGACGCCUGCCGUCCUAGGUGCCUACACCAAAAGGCCCCCAUCUAGGCUUGCGAUCUGCGUGCAGUCCUCUAUUGCAAGACAAAUCUGAUUUGUGUACGCAAAUCCAGCUUCACAGAUUUCCUUUUCGAUAUGGGGAGGGGGGAUUUGUCCUUUUGAUACAGAAUCAGUUUGAUUCGCUAUCCCAAAUUCUGAAUUGCGAGGACUUCAUUCUGUACUGCGCGGUGGCGAAAGCGUUGCAGAUGAGCAAGGAAUAUGCAACAUUGCAAAAGUAUCGUACUAGUACAAAUUGCAUCACAAAUUUUCUCAAGAAGAAAAAUGGAAUUUGUAAUGCUGAUUUACCUAAAAAGGGAUAUUUGUCAUGCAUGAUCGCAAUGACUACGAGUACGAUACUUUUGCACAGGAUAAGGAAGCCCAGGAGCAGUUUCAGGACACGUUGCAGAAGGGCCAGCUGGUCCACAGUUUCCUCCAAACCUACAGCUUCCCCGAUAUGGGUGUGUCAGGAUCGAAAUCGACAAAGUUGAAAUAGUUUGUGAUGCAUAAAAUGCAACCCACAGAGUGCCUGUCUUGCAGAGUAGGCAAGGGAGGCAGAUUGUCAGCCUGUUGAGGGGUAGAGACUGAGCUGCUGAAGUAGCAUGACAAAAGGCGUCUUCCUUACCCAAACAGCAUGACGCACUGGAUUUCGGCUCUACCCAAAUUUGUCAUGCGCCACUUGGAGACUAGGCGCCAACUGGUAUCCGUUUUAUGCAUCACAAAUUAUUUCAACUUUGUCGAUUUCAAUCCUGACGCUUCCAUACCCGAGGUGAUUGUCGUCUGGGACCAGGUGAAGUACACCUUUCACAUCACCCGGAUCGCGGAGCACCGGUAUUGUUGUCGGUGUAAGGACGACAAUUCCGAAUGUAUCAUCCAGACGAAGCCGCACCAGAACGCGGUUUUUAUCCGCGCAAUUUGUGGGAAAAUUGUGACCCCGUCGACGAAAAUCGUCUCCACGUCGGAGUUGACGGGGAUGCGGCUACGGAUUGGGGCCAUGUCUGGCUACGAGGUUUUCAUUCCGAACGCGACGGACCCGUCGGAGCUGCGGUCGGACGUACAGGGGAGGCUGAUCCGCUUUCUCGUCGCCGAAGGGGAUGAGAUCGCCGAGGGGCAGGUGUGCUGCGAAUUGGAGGCGAUGAAGAUGAUCGUGCCGGUGAAGGCGAGGUUUGCGGGGAAGGUCGAAAAAUUGAUCGGAACCAGCAACGCCGUGGUUGGGGCGGGAGAUUUGCUGCUCAAGAUGGAAUUGGCGGGACAGGUAUAGAAUUUGUGACUCUAAAGGAACUAAAUUGGUGCUGAAGCCCUUUGGUUUAUUGCAUGGCGCCUACUAUUUGACAACUAGACGGCGCCACGAGGAGGGCGUUGACAUUCAUUGCGGCAUGCAUAUCUUGACCUGAUAAAAAGGGUCAUCAUGGUAAAUCAAACAAAACAAUCAUCAAAAUCCGCACUUCAUCAGGGCCCUGCCGUCACUAUCAAAAAGUGGUCGGAAAUUUCCGAGGGGAGAAAACUUUUUGCCACGGGCGAGGACGUUCCAACUUUCCAAGACGCCGCGGCGGUACUGCAGGGGUACCCGAGGUACGGAAAACUGCGAUUACCCGAGACCGUGGAGGAAGGGUUGCAGUUACUUCAGGAUUUUUUGAAGACCGAGCGGUAUUUCCUUCCCAUGACAUCGCAGAGUGGUCAAAUAAACCAGGUGUUGAACAUAAGCAACGAGCAAGUCCUCCACCAGAUGAUACGAGACGACAACCCCGACCUUACCAUCGACAAAAUCUACAAAAUUUUCUUCGCAAAAUCCCAACUCCACUCCCGUUUGUCGGUCGCCUUGGAGAUUCUGCAAAAGUUUGAUUCGAAGUUACUGAUCCUCGGGAAGUAUGAACUGCAAAAGUAUCGUGCUAGUAGAAAUUGCAAUACAAAUUAUCUCAGCAUUACAAAUUGAAUUUGUAAUGCGGAUUUACCUUAACAACCUAGAUUUGUAAUGCAUGCCUGCAAUUUUAGUACUUCUGCGAUACUUUUGCAGUGCAUAGGAAGCAGACGAUCCAGUCCUUCGCGGAGAAUUUGUCUGAGCGGUACGGCGAACUAGGGCUGAAGUGCACGAGGUUGUUGAGUAUGCAAUACAAAUUUUCCGUACUACAUCUACAAAAUGCAUCACAUAUCUAGUUUCACCAACUUGGAAGAAGUAAUUCGUCAUGCUGCAGAGCGUUGAAGGAAAAGUUUGUCAUGCGGAAACCACAUUUGGACGUGUGCGGAAAAUUUCCUGAGGAUACUGAGGGAAAACGCGAGGACGUAUGUGAACCUGAACACGGUGCAGCAGGGAAAGGAAUGGAUCGAGGACAUCUCUUCCGCUGGCUCCACCUCUUACGUCAGGUCCGGAUCGAACAGCGGACGGAAUUCUCUCGGUGCGGGCGGGAUUAACGCGGACACGGCGAAUUUAACUUCCGCCCCGCAGUCGAAGACGCUGAUGAACUUGAUCCAUUUGUUAUCCAUAGUAAGUUUCCCGUACACGUACCAAUGCUGGCUCUGCAUGACAGAUUUUCUUUACAAUCCUAUGUAGCAUGACAAGUUCCAUGCUGCAAGUGGGGGGAAUUUGUGAUGCACGUUGUACAUGUACAGUAAAUUUGUAUUGCAUAUUUGCUAUCGCCACCGAAGGUAGUCCACCUCGACCCGAUACUCGGAAGCGCCGUCCUAUGGAAGUGUCAGGUUUGAAAUCGACAAAGUUGAAAUGAUUUGUCAUGCAUAAAAUGCAUGGCGCGAAAUACGUGUGUUGCAGAGCAGGCAAAUGAGGCCGAUUGUCAGCCUGUUUGGGGUUAUAAGUCGAGCUGCUGAGGCAGCAUGAGAGAAUCAGUCUUCUUUGCCUAAACAGCAUUACAAACUGGAUUCAGGCACCGCCAAAAUUUGUCAUGCGCUGCUUGGAAACUGGGUUCCAACUGGCAUCCAUUUUAUGCAUGGCAAAUCAUUUCGAUUUCAACUUUGUCGAUUUCAACUCUGACACAUCUAUACCACCAAGGUGCUGCAGGAAGCUCCUUCGGCGGCUUUCUCGGCGUGCAAACGAACUUCGAACGGGAAAAGCUCCGGUCGCAAGCCCUGGAAUUGCUGAUCUACCGGACUUUUAGGGGUUACGAGGGGCUGCAGGUUGGGCCGGAAUUGGAUUAUUUGGAAUACCCGAACGCAAAUUUGAUGUUCCCGACAACCACAACCUCUACCAUGAACAGCCCGCUGGGUGGCGGGGGCGGCGGGGGCUCCAGCCGGGGCGGGGAUCGGGACAAUAACUCACCGUUGCUGGAUAUGGAUGUGUCAGGAUUGAAAUCGUCAAAGUUGAAAUAGUUUGUCAUGCAUAAAACCGAUAGCAGUUGGCGGCCAGUUUUCAAGUGGCGCAUGACAAAUUUAGGAAGAGUCUAAAUCCAGUUUGUCAUGCUGUCUGGGUAAGGAAAACGCCCUUUGUCAUGCUACUUUAGCAUCUCUUUUUUUACCCCUCAACAGGCUUACAAUCUGCCUCACUUGCCUACGUUGCAAGACAGGCACUUUGUGUGUUGCAUUUUAUGCAUCGCAAACUAGUUCAACUUUGAAGAUUUCAAUCCUGACACUUCCAUACCGGACCACCGGACUUUGUCAAAUGACACGGCGAGCAAUUCCGGCGUGAGUUUGAACCUAUCCUGUGCAAAAGUAGUUUCGUACUCGUAUAAAUGCAAGUCUUGAAUUACAAAUCUUUUUCUUAAGGUAAAUCCGCAUGACAAAUUUUAUCUCUCACGCUGAGGAAAUUUGUAAUGCAUUUGCACGAGUACGAUACUUUUGCAGUUCAUAGAACCAGUACAACAACACUUUGGGAACAGUAAGCGCACACCAGCAGCAGUACAACUCAUCUUCCAUGCACCAGACCCAGAAAGUGUUCACUUCCGCAAGGGGCUGGAAGUUCCGCUUUCCGGGCGUGGGGAACAGUUUUUCCGGUUUCGGGUCCUUCAUUCCGGCCUGCAAUGGUUUGGUGGUGGUGGUUCAAUCAGUGUCCGAGAUGAAGAAGUUGCUCAAGCCGCAAUACUUGUCGGAGUUAGCGCAGAUGAGCAUUCAGCAGGCAGCGAUAGGUGGAUCUUCAAGCACUGGGAAUAUUAACAGCAACAGUACGAAUCAAAUCCCGCAGAGGACGUCUUCUCAUCUCCGCGCAUCCCCUUCCAUGAGCAACUUCGUCGCGGAUCAGUACUCGCUCGAAACCGCGCCCUUGCCGGUUCUGCACGAUCUGUGGAUCCUCUACGCGUCGGAGAGGUGUGAGUCAAUGAAUGGCACCACCCAGGAGAUCGCGGAGAUGCUCUUGACAGAGUUGAACAACAAGGGCUCGCAGUUGACCGGGUCGGAAUACGUGGAAUUGCACCGGAUUUCCUUAACCUGGACGGGCGGUGGUGCGUACGAAAGCUACCAAUUCUUGAACCGCCAGAGUUUGGGGAGAAAUUUACCAGCUACGAGUGGUGCAACUGCAACGACCGCCGCAGUUGUGCCGCAGCAAACGGGUAUUUCUCCUAUCCAGCAGCAACCGCAGUUCUACUUUUUCGCAGAAGACGUUCUGGUCCGCAAUCUCCGGCCAACAUUCGGCCACCUGCUCGAAAUCACGGACCAACUGCGCAACAACAUCCCGCAAAGAAUCGGUCCGGAAAUCUCGGCUCACUGCAUGGCUUUGCUGAACAAAAACUACCUGGAGAUCCGCGCUGUUUCCUAUGACAACUACCGUGGGACCGGGCAGCAAUUAUCCGGGCAACUCCAACUCCCCCUGACCGAUGAGACGGAAUUCUUAUCAAAUGCAAAAAUGUCUGGGUCUGGAAGAUUCUGAAACUUGUCAUGCAUGUUUUGCAUGACCCAGGUUGUUUGUAAUGCACGGCCUAGCAUCACAGAUUUUUAGAGGGCUUCCUGAUGCCUACUUCGCAUGACAAACGCCCUCCCCGCGUAGCACAAACUAGACCCCUCUUGCUGGUCAUGCAGUACAGAUUUUUUUAGAGUCCGGAAAUAGCAUCACAAGUUCCAACCUUCCAGACCCAGACAUUUGUGCAUUUGAUAAUUCUUCCUCCCGGUCGAAAUCCCGCUAACCCACGCGUUGGACGAGCUGGCAAGAGCGCGGAUGGACAAGAGAGUCACCAUGAGUUCGGGAAAUCAACAAAUCCCGGCGAAAAUCUUCAUCAACGUGAUGACCCGACUGGCGUUUUCGCCGUCUGUGGUAAUGCGGGGCUACGAAGCGUCGAUUUUGAGUUCGCUGUCCGGGUUUGUGAAGGCGCUGCUGAAAUACCGGGUGGAUACCGUGGAAUUCAAAUUAAGGCUAGUCUCGGGCGAGAACCUCCGCAUGGUGGCGAGUUCGGAAGCCGAGUACUUGCAGCCGAAGGCGUAUUUGGAGUACUUGAACCCGUUGACCGGGGAAGUCAUAUGCAUUGCAAAGGUAACGCACUAGUAGAAACUGCGUUACAACUUUGCUCAGCAUGAAAAAUGGAGUCUGUCAUGGCAGUUUACCCUCGGAAACAGAUUUGUCAUUGCAUAUCUGCAAUUAGUACGUGUGCGCUACUUUUGCCAUGCAUAAGUGACCCGAUCGGUCGAUUUGGCACACUUGGUGUCAGGCAUGAUGAACGCCCCCAACUUGAACGCCGACGAGAACCAGUCUUCGCAGAAGUCCCUGGAGCAAGCGAUCUCGAAGAAGAGAACGGUCGCGCACCAGGCUGGAUCCACUUACGUCUACGACUUUCCGCAUCUCCUGAAAAUGGCGCUGUUGAACAUGACAAAGGGGUAUAAUUCUACUUCUGCUGCACAACUGAACGCCGGCGACCAUCGGGGCGGGACCACUAGCGUCGGCGCGAUAUGGAAGUGCAAAAGUAUCGUACUCGUAUAAAUGCAUUACAAAUUUUCCCAGCAUGAGAAAUAAAAUUUGUCAUGCGGAUUUACCUUAAGAAAAAAAUUUGUAAUGCAAGACUUGCAUUUUUUAUACGAGUGCGAUACUUUUGCACAGGAUACGCGACCGAUAUUAUCAAUUCCGGCGUCGGGUCCUUCACCGUGAUCGAAAUCAUUGCCGAUGAGGAGUACAAGAAGCUGAAGCAGGGAAUAAAUUCUCAAACGGGCACUGGAGCAAUCGCCUCCAGCCCAACUUUUUCCUCCGUCGCCGGUGGGGGAGGAAACGCAGCUACUGCGAUCAGCCAGGACGCCCAAAAUUUGCUGAGUAGAAAUCUUCUUGCGCAGGCGAUUCCGAGAAGAAGUUCCAGUCACCAAGCGGCCGUGCAUGUGUUGAACUCGAAUUCCAAUGAUCCGUCUCCCGCGGAAACGUUGUCGCCGCCGGCUUUUGGUGCUGGAGCCGGUUUGAACAGCACUUCCUCGUCUUUCCAAGACGACACCACGACCCCAAUCAGGGAUCUGUUGAAGAAGCACCAACUGCACCCAACGAACCGGCCCAUUGCAAAUAACGAGAUCGGGAUGAUUUGCUGGAUCGCGCACUUGAAAACGCAGGAGUUCCCAGACGGAAGAUUCAUCGUCUUAGUCGCCAACGACAUCACGCAUAAAGCGGGUUCCUUCGGCGUGAAAGAGGACCUCAUGUACAAGCAAGCCGCGGAAUUUGCUCGAAAAACGGGCCUCCCCUUCGUCUACAUUGCGUCCAACUCCGGUGCAAGAGUGGGCAUGGUGGAUAACUUGGAAAAUUCCGUGAAACCGCACUUCACCGUCACCCCGAGCGCGGAGACCUCGCACCACCACUUACCGUCCGGGUUUGAGUACUGGUGGCUGGAUGAGGAGGGGUAUGAGAAGCAUAAAAACGACGUGGUGGUGGAGAAGAUUGUGGAGCAAGAUAGCAUAUGAAUUGCAAAAGUAUCGUACUAGUAGUAAUCGCAAUACAAAUUCGCUCAGCAUGAAAAAUGGAAUUUGUCAUGCUGAUUUGCCUUGGGAACCAGAUUUGUAAUGCAUAAAUGCAAUUACUACGAGUACGAUACUUUUGCACAGGAUAUAGCACCACAAAGACCGAGAUCACCAAAUACAAAAUCAACGCUAUUAUCGGCGGAUCGGGAAUCGGCGUGGAGAAUCUGAAAGGCUCCGCCAUGAUCGCGGGCGAAAUAUCCUGUGUAAAAACGUCCCCACCCCAGCGUUGUCAUGCAAAUCUGCAUGCUCAAAAUGUUUGUCAUGCGGAGCCCCAUGAGAAGCAUUUUCUGCAGGUGUUUUGGGAUUUGUGAUGCGCCAAGCAGCGUUAUAUGCUAGAUCUGUGAUGCUGCUGAACUACAUGAAACAGCACUACACUGCGAGUCCACAUUUGUCAUGCAAAACAGCCAAAAACUUGUGGACUUGUCUAGCCGCUUCCCCAUCUUGACUAUGCGGUGGGGACGUUUUUACAUAGGAUACGAAACCUCCCGGGCGUAUCAGGAGACCUUUACCCUCUCCUACGUAACGGGCAGGUCCGUCGGGAUUGGCGCGUACGUGAACCGGUUGUCCAGUCGAAUCAUCCAGCAGAGACACGGACCGAUGAUCUUGACCGGCUUCUCCGCACUGAACAAGCUCCUGGGGAGACAGGUGUACACGUCGCAAGACCAGCUGGGCGGCCCGCAGGUGAUGUGUCCGAACGGGGUUACGCACCUUCUGGUCGAGAACGACCAGGAGGGGUGUGAGCGGAUCCUGGAAUGUAUCACAGAAAAAAGUGUAGUUAGCGUUAACGGAAUCUGUGACGCAGCGACGCAUCACAAAACGCGACAAAAUUUGUCAUGCACAGCAUGCAUAUUAGCCACAAUCUGUCAUGCGUGACUGCACUCUGUGAAAACCGUUCACGUUAUAACACUUUUUUGCUUCAUAGAGUGGCUCAGCUUCGUGCCGAAGCGGCAGGGCGGGAGUUUGCCGGUGUUGCCCGUUGGGUUUAGCAGUGAUACUAGUCGGCCCGGUAGCGGCGCUGGUGGUUCUAAACCUGUGUUGCAGAAGAUGAACCAGAACUUUGUCGCGGCUACUUCCGGAACAACAAGCACCACCGACAGCAGCGACUUGAACCUGAACAAGCAACUCUUGUCUCAGCAGACCGGAACAGCUGCACAGCUUAGUACCAACAACGGACAAGUCACCGAGCAAGAAACCGUCGACCGUUUUGUCACCUUCCAGCCCUCUUCCCCCAACACGACUUACGACCCGCGUUUUCUGCUGCAAGGCACUCCGGACAAUGACUUCACGGGUUUUCUGGACCAGAACUCCUUCGUCGAAGUGCUCUCCCAGUGGGGCAAAACGGUCGUCGUCGGCAGGGGCCGACUGGGCGGGAUCCCGAUCGGCUGCAUUGCGGUGGAGACGAGAGCGGUGUCCCGGUAUGUACCAGCCGACCCUGCGAAUUUGGAUUCCGCGGUGGUGGAGGACAGUCAGGCCGGGCAGGUGUGGUUCCCCGACAGUGCAUACAAAACCGCAUCGGCGAUCAAGGAUUUCAACCGGGAAAACCUACCUUUGAUGAUUUUCGCGAAUUGGCGAGGAUUUUCCGGCGGAACGCGGGACAUGUUCAUGGAGAUUUUGAAUAUCAAAUGCAAAAGUGUCUGGGUCUGGAACCUUGUGAUGCUAAAAUCUCCAUGAUGAAAACACUUCCGAAUGCAGUUCGGCAUGACAACUUCCCGAAACGCUUUCUCAUAGGCAAUCCGCAUGAGAAACUGCGUUUCUGCAUGACAAAAGAGGCUGCGACUUUUGUUGGUUAUGCAAUACAGAUUUUCUAGGUAUGGAAAGCUAGCAUUACAAGUUCCAACCUUCCAGACCCAGACACUUUUACAAUCCAUAUUGAAGUACGGCGCGCAAAUCGUCGACGCGUUGGUCGAGUACGAAAAUCCGGUGUUUGUCUACCUCCCACCGCAUGCGGAAUUACGUGGUGGCGCGUGGGUGGUGAUUGACCCGAUAUGAAUUGCAAAAGCUUCGUACCAGUAUGAAUAGCAUUACAAAUAAUUUCCUCAGCAUGACCAUGAGAACUGGAAUUUGUAAUGCUGAUUGACCUCAAGAAAAAAAAUUGUAAUGCAUAACUGCAAUUACUACAAGUGCGAGACUUUUGUAAUUCAUAUCCGAGCAUCAACCCGGAUUUUAUGGAAAUGUACGCGGACAACUCUUCGCGGGGCGGAAUCCUGGAACCCGCCGGGGCGAUCGACGUGAAGUUACGGCCUCCGACGCUGAUAUGGAUGUGUCAGGUUUGAAAUCGUCAAAGUUGAAACAGUUUGCCAUGCAUAAAACAGAUACCAGUCGGAAGCCCACUUAUCAAGCGGCGCAUGACAAAUUUUUCGAGCACCGGAAUCCAAUUUGUCAUGCUGUUUGGGUACAGAAGACUCCUUUUGUCAUGCGAGUUUAGUAGCUCUAUUUCAAUAAACCCCAAACAGGCUCACCCUCACAAUCGGCCUCGCUUGCUAUCCCGGCACGACAGGCUCUUCAUGCCUUGUAUUUUAUGCAUGGCAAAUCAUUUGAAUUUUGUCGAUUUCAAACCUGACGCUUCCAUAACUGAUCAAAAUGAUGAACCGCUGCGACUCGAUUUUGAAUAUGAGAGCGCACGACAAGUCCCCCUCCCCCUCAUUUGUAUGGCAUGAGCAGCAAUACAAACACCCGCACACGUAGAGCCUACGCAUGGCAAAUUUCUUUUCCCAAGGUAGUACUUUUUGGGCUUGCGGAAUUUGUCAUGCAAACGGUGCCACAGAGCAGCGACUGGAUUUGGUAUUUUGCAUUACAAAUGAGGGGUAGGGGGAGUUGUGCACUGUUAUAUUGAACGGAAAGAAACUGGAACAGGACCAGCACAACCGGCGGCAGGAGCUGUUGCUUCCCUUGUACCAGUCUAUGGCGUUGCACUACGCGGACCUGCACGACAGGGCGGCGUAUGAACUGCAAAAGUACCCUCGUACUAGUAUAAAUCGCAUUACAAAUUAGCCCAGCAUUAAGAAUGAAACUUGUAAUGCUGAUUUGCCUUGAGAACGAGAUUUGUAAUGCAUAAAUGCAAUUACUACGAGUGCGAUGCUUUUGCAUUGCAUACGGCGAGAAUGAAGAACGUCGGCUGCGUCAGGGACGUGGUGGAGUGGAAAACCUUAUGAACUGGAAAUCUAUGUGGGUCUGGGAAGUUGUAAUGCAAGUUAGAAACGAUAUAGCGCUCUGUAGUGCACCGCCCAGCAUGACAAGUAUAAGAUUUUUCAUGGUUCUGUGUUGCGUAUUCUGCAUGAGAAGCUGCGUCCUCCUGCAUGACAGGCGAGAGUAGCAGGCUGUAUGUGGCCACGACGCAAUACAGAACUCAGAGUGAUGCCAGACAAGCAUGACAAAUCGAAAUCUCGCAACAUACUUCCAGACCCAGACAGAUUUGCAAUGCAUGAACCUCCCGCGUCUAUUUCUACUGGCGGAUCAAGCGACGGCUGAUCGAGUGCGACUUGUGGCGCAGGAUUGGGAACGUCCUGGCGGUGGAUGCUAGUGGUGGUGGUUUUGUGUCGACUACAUCUCCGUCCGUGGGAUCCUCGUCUGCGACGACUUCUAUGGGCAGCAGCAGGAAGGUCUCCGAGAACGUGAAGCGACACUGUGAGAAAAUUUUACUGCAGGUCGCGAAAAUCGACAAUGAAACCACGUCUGACCGGUCGUUCUGUAUUCUCUUUGAGCAGAAGGAGCACGAAGUGCAACAGGCAAUUCUCGCCAUGAAGCAGGAACAGAUUGGGGUGAAGGUGACGCAGUUACUGCAAUCACUCUCCGUGGAGGAGGCGCAAGCGGUGCUGAAAGAGGUGCAGAACCGGUUUUAGAGGGUUUAUUUUAAUAUCGUUGGUCUACGACAUCUACAUCUUCACAUGGAGGGUCUUUUCUUUUCCUGUUUUUUUUGUGUAACCAAAUACGAUUUAUAGACUGACACUUUUACAACUCCGGUAGUAGAAGUUCAAGCUUCUUGUCGGACGAUGAAGAGCGUGUGUAGUGGUCAUAUUCAUACUUUUCUAGGAACCUCCCGGAAAUUCUUUUUUUGCUACCUACUUCGAAACCCAAACCCUCUAUCAUAGUUUUUCAAACACUUACACUACGAAGAUCAGCCUCCUGGUCGUUUCGCAACGUUUUUAGCGGAACCCGCUAUGGUUACAAUCUAUCAACAUGCGCAAUAUGGAUACUAUCACACUCACACAUAAUGAACAUAGCGGUAAAACUUUGUACCCACAACUGGCAUCAUUUUCCGAAUGAAUUUUUAUGAAAUAGCACAACCCUAGUCUACUACCUAGUAUGUAACUACUACAGCCCCUGAUGUUCACUUGAUUUCCAUGAAGAAGAUUCCCAGAGACGCGACAUCACGAGCACGCCUUCUUGUUGGAAUGUGUCAUGCUUUUUGUGGCAUGCUUGAUUUUUUCAAAUCCCACCAGAAAAGCAUUUUUCUCCAUACUUGAAUGAUAUCAUGACAAAACUCGGGCGGGUUUUUGUUGCCACAAAGAACGAAGCACCGCAGUUGCUGGCGGGCCAGAAAGGAGCACUCCGUAUUUUGUUCUUUUUCUGAAAAUUUUCAUAAGAUGGUAUGCCAAGAGAGAAGAAGAAACAAACAGCACACGGAAU